CGUGCAGUUCGGCUCAUUCUGAAACAGCAACGAGAAAGCGCAGAGCAGUUGGCGAAGGGAUAGCAGCAGCAGGCGGCGGCAACAACGGCAGGCGACGGGCUGCGUCCUUGGAUUUACCUCCAGCUGCCGCGAUUGGGCUUUGCAAAAGGACUCUGAACCUGUUCGUUCGGCGUUCCCGUUGCACGUUCUCUUCUCUCUCCCUCUCCCCGGCUAGCCUAAGAGGAGAGGGGAGCUGCGGGCGAAGGACCAUGUGGUGAAAAAGAGCUCGGAGUCGAGGAAGCAGUUGGACUCGCUCGCCUGCACGCGCGCUUUACUUGGGAGGGGAAACCGUGCGCCUCCAAAGGAGAGAGGGAGGGGGAGAAAGAAAGAGAGAGAGAGAGAGAGAAAAGGGGGAAGAAAGCUCCAACUUGGAGGAAAGCAGGAGGGCAGACGCCGCAGCAGCAGCAAGCUCGCUUUGCAAACACUCUUCGCUCCCACCUCCUCCGCUGCUUCCAGGCGACCCUCUCCAAGCUGCGCGCCUUUGCACUGCUGCAGAGCGAGCGACAGCCGUUGCAAAAGCAGCUCGGUCUCCUUUUUUUACCUGGCAGCCGGAGACGCCUCUUCUCCCCCCUCCAGCCUCCACCCCCCUCCCGCACCGGAUCGCCUGUCGCUGCUCCUGGGAGAAAAGCCUGCUCGGCUCAUGGACGACCAUCUCGAGGAGGGGCGCGUGUAGGGCACCCCCUUGAAUGUGCGUGCUUCGGCUGGAGAGGUGUUUGGCGGGCCGGCGAGGCGGAUUUCCUUGCGCGCGAGGGCGUCGCGGCCGCUCCGUAGCCUCGGCAGCAGGAAAGGCGGGCGCCGAAGAAGCGGGUCUCGGGGGCCACCAGCGAGGAUUGCGGCGCCUGGGCGCGUGGAGACUUGCCGGAGCCCCGCUGCCCUAUGGAUCUAACCUAGCAGGGCAGUGCUUUCGCGCGGAUCGGCCCUUGGAAGACGAUUUCCGAUGCAUGCCAGGUUCCUGGUGAAUGCCAGAAGUAGAGAUCACGACAGAUGGAGUCCCAAGGUCAGCAUGGAAGUGGCAGUUCAUUAGUGGUCCUUCAGCAGCCUUCUUUGGACAGCCGGCAAAGGGUGGACUAUGAGAGAGAGCUUCAGCCCCCCACAAUCUUGUCUCUAGACCAGAUCAAGACUAUCAGGGGCAGCAACGAAUACACGGAGGGCCCAUCUGUGGUGAAGAAGUCUGCCCCACGGACAGCUCCCAGGCAAGAGAAGCACGAAAGGACUCAUGAAAACAUACCGAUUAAUGUGAAUAAUAAUUACGAGCACCGGCCCAGCCACCCGGGGCACGCGCUGCAUCAACACAACGCCAGGGCUCCAGUGCUCAGCAGGUCGACCAGCACUGGCAGCGCAGCCAGUUCUGGAAGUAACAGCAGUGCUUCCUCGGAGCAGGGCCUGCUCCUGAGAUCGCCCCCGUGCAGGCCAGGGCCGGGCCACAGAUUGGAGAGGCCCAUCUGGACGCAGCCCAAGCCAUCGUCUCUGGUCGUGGAGGACCUGAAGAGUCCUUUGAAAGAGGACCUGGCCCAGCACAAGUUUAUCUGUGAACAGUGCGGGAAGUGCAAGUGUGGGGAGUGCACAGCACCCAGGGCCUUGCCCUCUUGCCUGGCCUGCAACCGGCAGUGCUUGUGCUCUGCGGAGAGCAUGGUGGAAUACAGCACCUGCAUGUGCCUGGUCAAAGGGAUCUUCUACCACUGUUCCAACGACGAUGAAGGGGACUCCUACGCAGAUAAUCCUUGCUCUUGUUCCCAGUCGCAUUGCUGGACUAGGUACUUGUGCAUGGGAGCCAUGGCCUUGGUUUUGCCUUGCCUGCUCUGCUAUCCUCCGGCAAAAGGAUGCCUGAAACUGUGCCGGGGGUGUUACGACCGGAUCAAUCGCCCAGGUUGCAGGUGCAAGAACUCCAACACAGUUUAUUGUAAGCUGGAAAGUUGCCCCUCGAGGGGUCAAGGCAAGCCCUCCUGAUUUAUGGGGGCGCGGGGAAAGGUUGAGUUCCUCAGACUGUCGUUCAGGUUGUGGCUGGCUUUUCUGUCUUUGCCCCCUCCCUUCCCCCUUAUCUUUUUUUCCUUACUUACAUGCACAAAUGAUCCUCCUCUCACACCAUAGCUUCUCUCAGCAAAAGGCAAAUCUGGUAUUCCCCCCCCCCUUGGUCUUUGGGUAAGUGUAGCCCAUGUACUUGCAUCUAAUCUCCCAAUAUGGCAAGUCGUUUUGUGAGUAAUCCAUUCCUGAAAGAAGUAAUGAGGGAAUUGGGUUUUUCUGAAGCCGCCUGCUCUGCAAGCAACUUUCCAAAGAUGCUGUUUUUGUUUGUCCUCAACAAUUUUAAACUGAUUUUUAGUGGCUUCCAAGUGAUUAUUUCAAAGUAUUUGUGUGUGUGAAAGAACUGAAUUAUGAAGCUUUAAAGAAAAGAAAGCAUUUUUAAAAAAAAUAGUUGGGUUAAAAUUUAGCAAACCUAGUCCUGCUGUCUGUAUGGAUUGCAAGCAUCCUGGCUUUUGCUCCCAUCUCAACAGAUCUUUUAGAAUUUCAUGAUCCGUAUUGCAAAGCCUUAUCUAGCUUGGAUUUCCAACACACACAAACACACACACCAUCUUCACUAGAAAUGCUAUGAGAAUAUUGUGAUGCUCUAGCUUAGAUUCCUUGAAUUGCAGGGGUUGGACUAGAUAACCCUUGGGGUCCCUUCCAACUCUACAAUUCUAUGACUCUUAUGACUACAGCUUUCUUCAUUGGUUU